AUGAGAACAUCAGUUGUAGCCUUUAUGGGGAUGUUGCAUGCGAUGAAAGGGAUCAGAUUCGAGAAAAAAAGGAUAAUUGCUAAGGCAUGUAUCAGCUCAGUAGUACUGUAUGGAACUGAGGCUUUUGCAACGUCUGAACACUAUGAAAAUGUGAUAAAAAAACUAUGGAGAGACUGCAAAGAAGAUACGCCAGAAAAAUAUUUAAUGCUCCCACAAAUGCAUGCAAUGAAACUGUGCUAA